CUCGAAUUGUGGGUCCGCCUAUCCGACGACCGAAGCCGAAGACGAAGUCGACCAGUAUCACCAGCCCGGGCUCGUAUAAGACAACGAGCACAGCGAACGGAGCCUGUCCCCCCGGGAACGAGCCGACCCGUGACGAAAACGGACGAAUUAUCGUGUGCAACGGGCUUGAACCCAACUGUCCGCCCCGGUCCUACUGCUACAUCACCACCGGCGGCUUCGCCACCGAGGAGUACAACUGCUGCAAGUCGUGGUAGACGCGGUAACUCGGACAGAGCCUGUCUUUCUCACCCUUUUCUUAUGUGUCAUUUAGCGCGUGUGUGUUUGUGUGUAUUUACGACCUCCAAUCAUUUCUACAUUUCUCAACCUCACCAACCUAUCGCUUAGUU